UUAAUUUCAAUGAAGAAAAGAAACACAAGAGUGGGCUUAAUUAAUUAAUUAACCCCACAAGUAUAAAAUACUCACACUGGUUUUCUUCUACUUCCAUUUGUAGGAAACCAAACACAGUUUUGAGAGCUUCAGCAAACCCUUGUAUUGGUGUGCAAAUAAGGAAAUAUGACAAAGUUUUGAACUUUGUUAUAUAAUUACAUAAUUCAGAGAGAGAGGUAGAAAAUCUUGAUUUCAAUUUUGGAGUAACAAAUGAUGGCUGGAAACCCUAAUUGGUGGAGCAUGCAUCCACAGCUCAUCUAUGGCGUCUCGAACUCCACGAAUCCUCCGCCUUCCGAUCUUUACCAUCCUAGCCUCGAUUUUCCGGUUAGGUCUUGGAGCCAACUGCUUAUGAGUGGUGAAGAGGAGAGAAAGAAGGUUGAGAAGUGGGAAUUAGAAGAAGAAGAAGAUAAUCAAGUCUUGAAUUUGAACCAAUCUUUCCCAAGAAAUAAUAUUGAUAUUGGUGAUGUGAAGCCACAUAUUUAUGGCCAUGAACAAGAUCAAUUUCUCACCACUGUCAUGAACUUCUCCGGCGCGGCGGAGUGUAAGAAUCAGCAGCACAAUAAGGAGCAUUCAUCUGAGAAGAGUAAAGGUGGGGUAUCUAAGAAGGCUAGGGUUCAACAGUCAGCACAACCAGCUUUGAAGGUGAGAAAGGAGAAGCUAGGGGAUAGAAUAACAGCUCUUCACCAACUUGUUUCUCCAUUUGGGAAGACUGACACUGCUUCUGUCUUGUCUGAAGCCAUUGGAUACAUUAGAUUCCUUCAGAGUCAAAUUGAGGCACUGAGCUCUCCAUACAUGGGCAAUGCAGGACAUCACCAACAUCCUGUAAAUAAGUUCAAGAAAGGAAUUGUUUGUUUCCCGAAGAGCAUUAUCAGAAUUUACAAGGUCGAUCAGAUUUGAGGAGUAGAGGACUUUGCUUAGUUCCGAUUUCAUGCACUCAACAUGUGGGAAAUGAGAAUGGUGCUGAUUAUUGGUCUCCGACGGCGUUUGGUGGUGGCUUUUGAUUUUUCGACAAACUCUACCGCCGUAACAUCAAAAUCAGUCAUUCUCCCAAACUAAGGGGACUACUUUUGAUGCUACAGCAGUGGAGCUAGCUCUAUGUUUAUAAUAUAUAUAUGCAUGUAACUCAUAAAAAAAUAGAGGAAUUAACAAAUAUUGAUUAAAUAUGUUGUUGAGGUCCUCUUUGUAAUUAACCUGAAUAAUCUGCUUUCAAGAAUUUAUUUUGCUAUCUUAUCGAUCAUAUGUUGUGGACUGGCUA